CGGUGUUACAAUCGCAGAAACAUAUGAUGAUGAAGUAAUUGAGAAAAUUUAUAAUGCCUACCAUAAUCGUAUCUUGCGGGUUGUAAUGAACAGUGAUGGUAGCUUGGAAAAAGAACUUUUGGCUAGUGUUGGUGAAGCUGUUUACUUUAAUCAAGCCAGCGAAAAAGGCUGGAACCGGCUAACUGAAAUUUUUACCAAACCAUCCCUGCAAUUUGCUACUUUCUCAAUUACCGAGAAAGGUUACACUCUAACUGAUGUUAGUGGAGCGCUAACUCAGGCUGCUAAGGAAGAUAUUCAAAAUGGACCUGAAAAGCCUAAAACAAAUAUGGGGGCUAUUGCUCACCUGCUUUAUGCUAGAUACAAUGCAGGCAAAUUACCAAUUGCAAUGGUUUCAACUGAUAACUUUUCGCAAAACGGAUUAAAGUUAGAAACAGAAGUCUUGCGCGUUGCUGAAGGUUGGCUUAAAAACGGCUUUGUUGACCAGGAGUUUAUUGCGUACCUUAAAGAUCCACAAAAAGUUUCUUUUCCUUGGACAAUGAUUGAUCGGAUUACCCCUAACCCGGCUCAAAGCGUUGCAGAUAGAUUAAAGAGCAGUGGAUUUGCUGAUACUACGAUUCUGCACACCAAAAAGCAUACAAACAUUGCUCCAUUUGGCAAUACAGAAAAAACGCAUUAUCUGGUAAUCGAAGAUAAUUUUCCUAAUGGUCGGCCUCAGCUUGAAAAAGCUGGCGUAAUUUUAACUGACCGCGAAACCGUUAAUGAUGCAGACCAAAUGAAGGUAACGGCUUAUGAUGAUUUAUUAGGUUUAAUCAAAGCCCUAGGAUAUAAGGAAGAUUUACCGGUAGUAAAAGAUCCUAAGAUUAUUAAUCCCAAGAAAUUUAUUGAUGAGCUCAUUACUAUGCGUUUACCAAAUAAAAAUAUUCCUGAUACGCCACAAAGAAUUGCUAGUGAUACAUCCCAAAAGAUUGCUAUUCGCUAUGGCGUUACCAUUCAACAUUAUCUUGAUGACCCUCAACUUGAU